AUGACACGAGGAUUCGCAACCAUCACGCCUGAGUGCGAGACCCUCUUUGACGAGGUCAAGGAAACAGACAACCUCGACUACGUCAUCUACGAGGCCUCCGCACACGAUAAGAAGAUCACGGUCGCAGCAUCCGGCAAAUACAAGGACUACUCUGAGCUCCUGACCCAUUUCAAGGACGACACGCCUCGCUAUGCUGUCGUCGACUUCAAGUACGACUCGCCCACCGGCGAUGGACAGCGAAGCAAGCUGGUCUUCAUCACGUGGGUUCCGGAGGGAGCCAGUAUUCACGACAAAUCCUACUACACCGCAAACAAGGACCAUCUUUACCGAGCGCUCCUAGAUAUCAGUCUGCACGUGCAGGCUCACAACCAGGCCGAGCUCGCCCACGCUGCAAUUUUGAGCCAGUUCAAGGCACUCUAG